UCAACUGAAGGUCAAUUCUGCCAAAAUGGCUUCGAGAUCCAGACGUGUCGAGCCGCGCUCGGGCAUUGCCUGUUCUGACGAUACCGUGCUAGCAUUACUAGAAGAAUCUGAUGUCGAUUUUAGCAGCGACGAUGAUACCCAAGAUCCCACAUAUAAUGAACCCACGGAAAUGGCUACACAAGAGCGUCGAAGGUAUGAUUCUAGUGAUUCUUCUGUAAAUUCAGACUCCCAUGAUGUUGUUGAGCCACCAUCGCCGGCUUUAUCGAGUGGAUCUAUAAUACGCCAGGCCACUGGCUCUGGUUUACGCCGAGCAAGAUCUUCUCGUCGCCCUCGAAGGUCAGCUCAGCCAACCUACAGACAAAUACCGUCUCAAUCUCAACCUGAUGUUGUGGAUUUAUGGACUGGAAAUUUUGAACCUCUCGAAAUAAAUCUAUACGAACCAACAUACGUGCCAAAUUUCGACCAUGGAUGGUCAUACGAACAGUUCUUUGAACGUUAUAUAGAUGAACAAAUACUUAUAAAAAUUGUAGAUUGUACAAACAGAACAGCAGUUCAUGUAAAAGGCAGGUCACUUGGUCUUACAAUUAAGGAAUUAAAAGUUUAUAUUGGAGUGACAAUGAUUAUGGCUUCAUUGCAAUAUCCUCAAAUAGACAUGUAUUGGUCGUCUAAAUGGAAACAGCCUAUCAUUACCUCAGCUAUGACACGUCUGCGUUUUUACGCAAUUAGAACGUCGUUAAAAGUGGUUUAUGAUCUUGAUGUUACCGCCGAAGAGCGUCAAAAAGACAAGAUUUGGAAAGUGCGUCCCCUUUUCGAGAAAGUACGACAAGGAUGUUUAGUUCAACCUCGCACAGCAAAAAUGUCUAUUGAUGAAAUGAUCAUUCCGUUUACUGGUCAAUGUUGUAUUCGUCAAUAUAACCCUAACAAACCUAAUCCCUUAGGGUUAAAAGUAUUUGUUUUAGCAACGCCUCAGGGAAUGGUUAUAGAUUUCGAGAUAUAUCAAGGAGACACAACUUUUCCAGAAAUUAGACAGAUGGGUUUUGGUCUUGGAGAAGCAGCUAUUCUUCGGCUGACCGAAGCACUUGUCCCUGGUCACCACAUCUUUUUUGAUCGCUAUUUUACCACUAUCAAAUUGUGUGAUGAAUUAUUGAAUAAAGGUUUUCACGCGACUGGAACAAUUAUGAGAAACCGAUUGCCCAAAAACUGUAUGAUGGAAGAAGAUAAGAUUUUUAUGAAAAAGCAACGUGGUUAUUGCGAAAUAAAAACACGAGCAGAUGGCAAGAUGGCAGUGACACGUUGGAUGGACAAUAAGCCCGUCGUGAUGUUGUCAACGCGUUUAUCUAAUACACAUGCAGAUGAGUGUGAAAGAUGGUCGAAGAAAAACAAAGUGUAUGAACGUGUAAGACGCCCCGAAGUUAUCAAAGAAUAUAACGAAAAUAUGGGGGGUGUAGAUUUAGUUGAUAGAAUGCUAGCUGUAUGCCCUUCACGUAACAGAACAAAAAAGUGGACAAUACGAGUAAUAUCUCAUAUGAUAGACUUGGCUGUUGCUAACUCAUACCUUCAGUUCAAACAGAGAGAGAAGAAAAAAGGCGUUAAAAACGUUAUAGGCAUUCGUGAAUUUAAGAUGGAACUUGGUGAAAAGUUGAUUGCUGAUAACUUAGAUUCUACAGAUACAAAUGACCCUGCUGAUGAGUUCGAAGAACUUUUACCAAAGCACAAGAAACAAGAAUGUUUAAGAGUUAAACAUGGGUUUUUUAGAAGAGUUUUCAACAGAAACUAUUCACUUGGAUUUGGAAGUCCUAGAACAGACGUCUGUUCAACAUGCCUACAACUUCUCGAGAAAAUUAAAUUGGAGGCUGAUGCAAUUAAACGGCAGUCACUUAUAAUCGAAAAACGAGUACACAGCCUCAAGGCAAAAGCGUUUUUUGCAUUGGUGAAGGAGGAAAGUCCAGAUAUAAAAACUCUCUCAUUUGAUUGCGAGAAAAACAUGCCUCUGCCCAAGAUACCCGACCAGAGCACUUAUUACUCCCGCCAGAUAUAUUUAUAUAACUGUACUGUAGUUGAAGGGAGCUCCAAGUCGCAACUUACACAGAAUAACGUUUUUGCAUACUGCUGGACGGAAAACGAGUUUAACAAAGGUGCAAAUGAGAUAUCUUCAAUUGUAUAUCACAGACUUAUGAACACUGACUUAUCUGAAGUUCAAACAGUAAGAUUAAUAGCAGAUGGAUGCGGAGGGCAGAACAAAAAUUCAAUUAUGUUAGCAAUGUGCUCCAAGUGGUUGGUAGAAACCUAG